UGGCAGAAGCACCGCCUCCGCGACCGCGGUUCCCUCCCACGCAGCGGCCGCCCAUGGGGGUGGGGCCGGCGGCGGCAGCGGGUAAGUGUAGGGCGUUGCUGUUCUGUGCGGAACGGUACGGCGGCAUGGCGGGCGAUCACUCUCGCAGUCUGGGCAAGGGUAGCGCGGCGCCGGGGCCGGUGCCCGAGGGCGUGAUCCGGCUGUACAGUAUGCGCUUCUGCCCCUUCGCCCAGAGGACGCGCCUCGUUCUCCGUGCCAAGGGCAUCAGGCAUGAAGUAGUUAACAUCAAUCUGAAGAACAAACCAGACUGGCUCUUUGAGAAGAACCCUGAUGGGCUGGUUCCUGUUCUGGAGACCAGCAAGGGCCAGCUAAUCUGUGAAUCCCCGAUCACUUGUGAGUAUUUGGAUGAAGCGUUUCCGGGCAAGAAGCUGAUGCCUUCAGACCCAUAUGAGCGAGCCUUUCAGAAGAUGCUCCUCGAACGCUUCUCAAAGAUAACAGCUAUAAUUUCCAAGGCACUCAAAGAAGGAAAAGAUCUCAAAGCGCUGAAAGCAGAAAUAGCUGAAAAGUUUGGCAAACUUGAAGAGAUUCUCUCUCAACGCAACACUGUGUUUUAUGGUGGGGACUCCACCUCCCUGAUUGACUACAUGAUCUGGCCCUGGUUUGAACGCCUGGAAGCCUUCGAGCUGACGGACGUUUUGACUCAUACUCCAAAGCUCCAACACUGGAUGGAGGCCAUGAAGAAGGACCCAGCUGUCAAGGAUACGGUUACUGAUCCACAGACAUACAGAAAUUACCUCCAGCUCUAUUUGAAGAACAGUCCUGAGGCGUGUGAUUAUGGGCUGUGAGUUGUCAGUGGGCACAUGCUUGCUGAAGUAUCAGUGCCUCUCUUCAGUGUGAGCUUUGAGGAUCUAGCAUAAUUUGAUGUGGGGCCCUUUCUGGUUGCAUUUCUUAAUGUUUGGGUGAAUCUGUGCUGAAAAAAACAGUGAAACCUCUUUCCUGUUAGGAGGCAUAGGCAGGAGGCAGAAAGUCAUUACUGACCAUGUAUUCUGUGUGAAGGAAAAUGGUGGCUUUACUCAGAGGUGACCUGUCAUCUGUGGCCUAUUUGCAGGUAUUUCUUUUGGGCAGUCCUUGAGCUGACUCUCUUACUUAGAUUAAAAGUUGUAAUGCUGCUGUCUUGAAAAUAAAAGCAAAUGAUGUCACCUUUAA